CAAGAUCCGAAACUAAGCAGAAAAGAAAACAGAGCACGCUGAGAGAUCAAUUGAUUGUCAAUCUUCGGUUUUCCUCGCCCAAACCAUCGGCAAAUCAUCAGUUUCCAUGUCAUGGCGUUGAGUUGAGGGCAGCAGUCUUUCGUUUUGAUCAGAAGUCUCAGAACAAUGUAAAUUAACAGCGAGAAUUGAACCUUCCUGCUGUUUUUAUCCACAAACAACAUUGGUAGCCUCACAAAGAGCAGCUGUAAAGAAGGAAAGCAAGAAAAGUAAACAGCCCUGCUCUCUACUGGACAUUGAAAACAUAAGCUCGAGUUUUAGGCACUGAGCUCUAAACGCUGCCAAAACUAACUAAUAAGCUUCCAUAAAAAGUAUGGCUGAUAAUCUGACAACAACGGGCACAUUUUGGGUAUUUUUGUCGGUAUCAAGUGCUUUGUUGGCCUGCUCAGGAUUUUUCCUACCCUACUGGGUGCAAGGAAAGAUAUACAACUCCACCGUAUAUUUGGGGGUCUUCCGUCGAUGUAACUUCUUAAUAAAAGGAGAAGAUGGCGUCUCGUUUAUGGAGCAAGCCUGCGGCAGGUACGCUAGUUUUCAAGACAUUCCAUCAGAAGCGUGGAAAGCUUGCACUGUAAUGAGUGGAAUCGGCUGCGGUUUCUUGCUUCUCGUUGCAUUAACAGCCGCCGUAGCGUGCUGUUGCAAGGACGUUGUCACGAGAAGUUCGGCGCGGAUUGGAGGCGCGUUUCAAUUCCUUGCUGGUGAGUAUCUUUAUUUGCGUGUCGUGUUUAAUAAUUAAGUGCUAAAAUACUUAGAAAACACUUCAGCUUAGCUCUUGAGGCAAACACCCGUGGUGCUCGUAAUAAUGUCCGCCUUUACAACUGCUUGUAUGCCUUAGAAAAGGAUUUUCUUUUCCUUCUGGGAAUUAUCUUGCCUAGUAUUUUGUUUACAAACUAUUGUCAAAGUAUCGAUAACAAGCUUGUGAAAAAUGUGUUAUCGGAAAUAUGCAUGUCCAAUAAAUUGACAAAUUUUGACAGUCAUCCGGAGAUGUUCCAAAUAUUAUCAGUCAUCGAGUCCGCAUUAUCUGAGAUAUUACAAUUACGGACCCAAAAUCGGCUAACAUUUUCUAGAUAAUCUAUCCCCGAGUCUUGUUGGUAAACAUAAACCGCCAUAUGGCUCGGGCUAUAAAUAAAAGACGAUAUUAUUAUUAUCCUUUAGGGUGGAUCACUCAGAAUACUUAAUGCUUCACGUGAUCAUGAGUACAUGCUGUUUUUAAAGCUGCACUUCAUCUUUUGAAUGAAUUGCACUUAUAUUUAUUUACUUUGUUUCUUUAGUUGGUUGACUCGUUACUGCUUGAGCUAAUAGUCGUUUAAGCUUCCCAUUCGGCUGAAACACCCAAAAAUUAAUAAAAGAUUGAAAUAUUAUAAGCUAUUAUACAAAGCCCGUCAUUUGGAAAGUAUGCAAUUUUAUAGUUUAAUGAUCCAUUUCCCGUGUAAGAGUCGAGAAAGAUUCCACCGUAGAUGAACACAAAUUCAAGGAACACCCACUUUUCGAUUCCCUGAUAUUAAAAACGAGUUAUAAUCCAGGAUACUACUUUAACGAAUGGACAGAUAUUUUCUCCAGACUUUAGUUAUGUCUAAAAUGUGUGUUCAUUCUCUUUACGGAGGUCAACGGCAGAAAUUGGCCUUUGUUGUAAUUGAAAUAUAAACUAUUGUGUUUCAAACAAAAUUCGUGUUCCGGUUUUAAGUUUCUUUUGUGUUUUGAUUGCCUCCAAAACCAAGAUAAAAAUAUUCAAAUAACUUUUGACCAUCUGCAAACUAACGGCGGUGAAUUCGUUGUGCAACGAAUGCUCCUUGUCAUACAGACAGUUCCAGAAGGAUAAUGGACAAAUUUAACAUAGCCAUUGGAUUUUUCAAAAUUAAAUUACUAUUAAACUCUGACUGAACCACCCAGUAUAAAACUAACUUGAGUACCCGUUUCCUCCCUCCCUCGGGGAAAGAUUAGAUGACUGUAAUAUCGGACUGUAAAAGUUUUACGUCUCCUAUCAUGAGCUGUGACUAACUAUAAAACGCCAGUUUUAAAACCACAGAUAUAAAGGGCUUCUAGCCUAAGGGCUGUUUUCCAGUAGAACGAGGUUCAACUUUUACGUCUUCGCGCGACCUUCAAUACAUUGCCUCUAUUUUAUUUACCGGCGUAAAAUCUACUUGCGUAAGGACGUCAAAAUUAUGCGGCAAUGGAAAUAGAAAACAGCCGACCUUUCGCGAUUUCUCCGCGAAAUGACGCCUCUGAUUGGUCAUGCCCAGGGGAAACUUUGCUUCAACCAAUCAGAAACACUACCCAGCUCUGGGUAGUGACACGUCAUCAGUAUGGAAUUUCUGCGCUUGUGCCAGCGUCGCGAAAAAGUCGGCUGUUUUCCAGGCUAAAGGGCUUCGAGAAAUAUUUCUCUUUUACUUUUUUUACAGGCUUCCUUCUUGCCAUAUCCUGCGGUAUUUAUCCAUCAGGCUGGGGCAGUGUUGAAUUCAAGCAAGUUUGUGGCGAUGAAGCGAAUUUUUAUAAACUGGGCCACUGUAAACUAAGUUGGGCUUUUUUUGUAUAUGUAUCUGGCACUGGGAUAGCAUUCAUGUGCGCGGCAUUGUCAGCUCGAGUUGCUAAACAAAGAAAACCCCUGUAUAUAAGGACUGACGUCGAAAGAUCAAACAGUUUUAUGUGAUCUUUGAUACUGCUGUCCUCACCGACAAAGCCGAAAUGAUAGCGGUAACAGGGGGCUUUAGGAACGGCGACGGCAGCGAAAACGUCACUGGAAUUGAAUUCUUGGGGACUGGACCAACGUUUAGAGACUUUAGAAGAAGACAGAAAAAUUCGUUUAGCCCUCCAUGAAACGCCCCGUGAGGGAAUUUCACGUCGUAGUUGUACAGUUAGGGCAGAUAAACGCACAAAUAAGCGUUAUCCGCAAGCAGAGAUGUUGUUUUGCGUAUUAAACCAGUUACUUCUUGACGUCAUUGUUGCUGUUGCGGCCGUCGUUGCUAAAGCUCCCUAAUUCAGAGAGUUCGCCGGAAUUGCAUCAUCUGUCGAUAUCCGAUAGAUCAUGUUAAGGAUCACUUUCGCGGUAUUCCUCAGCUUCAAAUUGAUAAUUUCCCAAAUUAUGAAAAAUGAUCAGAUAAUGAUAGCCUGUGCAAAAAUUAUUCUUAUAGAUAAAACUGGCACGAAUCGCAUUUUUUAGGCUAAAAAUUGAAGCAAAGGGCUUAACAACAUCAUUUUUUUAAAUUUUGUUAUUUUCAAAGAUUCCAACUGUUUGUCAUGCCGGAAUUCAGAAUAUGGGUGUUAUUCAGUCUUUGUUUGAAAUGGCGUUUUAUCACAACUGUAUGGCAACAUGAACUGUAACUCUUAAGAUCUCUUUAAGCCUCAAAUAAAAUAAUCUCGCGCUAGAGAAAAUUAUGAUCU